AGAUCGUUUAUCGAGCACUGAGGCAAGCACACAAGUUUGCGAGGCAACCACGGCAUCAUGUCUUACCAUCCUCGUCCCCCGGGAACGACAAUAGUCUCGCCCGGAAUGCAGUACAUUGCGCCACCGAUGGUUCAACCACUGAUGCCGAGCUUAAGUCAACCACCACCCUCGAAUCGAGGCGGAAGUUUCCGAUCAGGUGCCACCAUCGGUUCCCGACCACAGAUGUACAACAACAAACCUCCGCCGCAACCGGAACCAGUGUACGAUGGGCCAAUUGUGACCGUUUUUGUGGGCAACAUUAGCGAGAAGGUACCGGAUCCGAUGAUAAAGCAAAUUCUCGCCACUUGCGGCAUGGUCAUCAACUGGAAACGUGUGUCAACGUUUGGGUUUUGCGAGUACGAUCCGGACGGUGGUGCUCGAGCGGUACGGUUGGUACAUGACUUGGAGGUUGGCGGCAAAAAGUUGGUCGCAAAGGUGGAUGCGAAAAACAAAGCGUUGUUAGAUUCGUUCCGCGAGGAUGAGAACAAUGCCGAAUCGACUAACGAGGCGUCCGAGAAGCGGCGCGAUGAUGAUGCACUGAUCGCUAUCACUCGCAUCCUAGAAGACUUUCGCGAGGAACUGGCCGCCGCUGAACAGCACCAGGAGGAGCAGCAGGCGAAACAGAAGAAAAUGCUUCAAACGGUUGACAUCGAAGACGGGAAGCGCGAUAUUAUCAGCAAGGAGAUCGGCAAGUUCCGCAAGUACACGGAAGAGGAGGAGCUGAAGAAGGAAAAGGAAAAAGAACGGAAAAAACGUGAAGAAAAGCGAGCAGAGGAGAAACAGCGACGGUCGGCAUCGCCUCGGAAGGACAAAAAAGCUCCGGCACCGUCUUCUUCUUCCUCUUCUGCUUCGCGAAGGUCCCGUGAUCGUGAGCGCGAUCGCGAACGUGAGCGCGAACGUGAACAGCGCGAACGUGACAAGGAACGAGAACGCGAAAGAGAACGCGAACAGCGUGAAAGAGAACGAGAGCGCGAACGUGAACGCGAACGGGAGCGUGAUUUGGAACGCCAACGGGAACGGGAACGAGAACGGGAAAGGGAACGGGAGCGCGAAAGAGACGAGAGCAAGGUAAAUCGCAAUCCGCGCGACAUUCAGCGGGAAAAGGAAAUGGAGGAGGAAGCGCGCGAGCGCAAGAAGACGGAGAAGAAGGCACGCGAGAAGGAGGCCGCGUACCAGGAGCGACUCCGCAACUGGGAGGCUCGCGAAAGAAGAAAGGCUAAGGACUACGAGAAAGAUCGAGAGAAGGAUCGCUGCCGAGAGGAGGAGCGCGAGCGAGAAGCCAAGCGGCUGAAGGAGUUCCUCGAAGACUACGAUGACGAACGUGAUGAUCCGAAGUACUACAAGGGCCGAGAGCUUCAGCGGCGAUUGGCAGAAAGGGUCCGAGAAGCGGAUGCCGACUCGAAGGAUCGCAACAAGGAGCAGGAAGAGCUGGACGAGUUGAAGAACAAAAUCUUUAGCGGCGAGUACGACAAUCCGGCGCUUGAGUUUGAAAAACUCAAAAAAGAGCGUGAAGAUCUCUACAAACCGAAGAUUCUGAUCGAUGUGAACCUGGAGCAGUCGCAGCAACGGGAACGAGAAUUGGAACGCGAACGGUUGCGUGACAUCGAACGACAACGGGCAAAGGAUCGCGAGCGGGUCAACAAGGAACGUUACGUUCUUGCGCAGGCGUCACGCGAACUAGCAUCCGUCGAUGCGGAACCGAUCGAAUCGGACUCGAGUGGUCAGGACAACUUUAACUCGCCGGCAGGAGCUGCACUACAACCGGGCGCAAUCAAUAAUGCUGCUUCGAACGGGCCUGGCUCUGGGUCUGGCGGCAGCAUUGAUGGGAUGGGAAACAGCAAUCAUCAUCAUCCAGGCCAUCAUCACCAUCACCACCAUCACCAUCCUCACGGGCAUCAUCAUCAGCACCACCAAGCGGCAGAACCGCGAGUCGCCUCGGCUGGUCAGCAUCCUCCGCACGCCGGUUCGGAAACUCGGGAUUCAUUCGGUGCGAGUGGCGGCGGAGGUCCAAUGGAUGAUGAAAACUCGCGACACUCAAUUCGAUCCAACUCGCAGCACGGCGUACCGGAAAGUCCGGAGGCGAACAGCAACAGUGGACAGAACUCGAUGUCUGAUAAAUCUUCCCACCAUCCUCACCAUCACCACCAUCAGCUGCUGCCGCAACAGUCGACGGUGGGACCGACGAUCAGCCUCAACUUGAACGUGAAUGCGAAGAAGAAAAAGCUUGAAGUGAAGGACGUCUUCAAUAGUUUGGAUGACGACACCGAAGAAUCGAACGGCCCAAAGAAACGUAAACUGGUGCCGCUAGAGUAUGAAGAUGGACGACUGCAAGCGGACACACCAACCGGGACGGCCAACAACACACCGGGGGCAGGUUCUGGCACGGGAACAAAGUCGUCGGCAAAGGGCAAAAAGGGUGACGAACCACCCAGCCGCGAGUCGCUCAAAUCCCAGGAAGAAAAGCGCAAAAACAUCAAGAGUAUUAUCGACAAGAUACCGACCGAGAAGCACGAUCUGUUCAACUAUCCGCUGGAUUGGAGCGAGAUCGACAAUACGAUCGAGAAAAAGAUUCGCCCCUGGAUCAAUAAGAAAAUCAUCGAAUACAUUGGCGAACCGGAACCGACGCUGGUUGAUUUCAUCUGCUCCAAGGUGCUGGCCGGUAGCACCCCUCAGGGUAUCUUGGACGAUGUUCAAAUGGUUCUCGACGAAGAAGCGGAAGUGUUUGUGGUAAAAAUGUGGCGGCUGCUGAUCUACGAGGUGGAAGCCAAAAAGGUUGGCCUAGCGAAGUAAGUGCUGUCGGAGGGAAAGGAGUUUACGUAACGCUCUAACGAGAGGAGCAACAAAGAGGUUUUCUUAGCCGCAGAACAGGGCAGAUAAGGGGGACAAUGUUUUUGAGAACUGGCGCACAUGGGUUUCAUUUCAUUACCGGAAAUAAUUACAAAAAUUAGUGGUGGUUUCGGGCUGCGCUGCUGGUGCUUAGUUGCCGGCUGCACUGCAGCGAAUCCGUGCGUUCUUUACCGGAAAGCGCUUGUUGCUUUCUGCUCCUUGCCAUCGAUUUUGUUCUCGUGCUCAAAUCUUCCGGUUCCGGUGCGUCUUCUGUGCUAUCUCCAUCGCGCUUUCUCACUCUUUUUCCACUAAAGAAAGGUUUUUUAAAAACAUCAUCCACAAAAAGAAGUAAUAUUGUAGGAAACCUAAAAAACGGUGGACAACCGUGAACAAUUGUAGCAGUCAAAAAUUGACAUGGACAGUCUAUUAAAUUGCCCUUUCACAGAAGAGAAUAACAUAUGAUUAUCUUCUUCAAAUCGCCCACGUGCGCGGCACGAGGGUUAAGCGAGCACUAAGCCAUCCCCAGCCCGAUGUACAGUUAUAGUUAGUGUGGCGCAUGAUACUAAAUGAAAGCUUAUUAAAGGUUCUUAGCUAAGUGCAGGCUAGGGACGAAACAGUGGAUAAGGUAACAACAAUUAACCGUGGAGAUGAUGAAUAAAUCAAGAACAAUACCACUACCAUUUUGAAACACUUAAAGCUUAGA